UGUCUUCAAAUUUUGGCAGGUUGCUCUGUAAACUUUGAGAAUCAGAACUACACAGUCAUCACAAGCCAGUGCAAAGGACCCCAAUACUCACCCAAACUUUGCUGCGAGGCCUUCAAACAAUUCGCUUGCCCUUUUUCUGACCAGAUCAAUGACCGAAAGAACGAUUGUGCUUCCACCAUGUUCAGCUACAUAAAUCUUUAUGGGAAGUACCCGCCAGGCCUGUUUGCCAAUCUCUGCAAGGAAGGGAAGGAAGGUCUUAGUUGUAACGGCACUGAGAGCACAUCCAUGAAAAAUUCUGCAGACACGAAGAGUGGCGCUGUUGUAGAAUGCACUCAGUCCCCAAUGCUGAUGCUCACAGUUGGCUUCCUGAUGUUAUUCUUCAAGAUUUUUUAAAGGAUAAUCCUUUACUGAAGACUACUUUCAUCAAUCAUUAUAUACACAUAAACAUAUAUAUCACACAUACAUAUAUAGUUCUAUAUGUUUUUCUUGUGUCCUCUUACAAAAUUGCAACUCUCAUGAAGAGGUUUGAUGUAGUCUCCUGAACAUUCUAAGGUAACUAACUAGUAACAUUAAUAUCAAUUAAUGAACCACACAACACCAA